GUAUGGUUGCGAACUAAAAACAUUAUAAAAGUGACAAAGUGUAUUGCUGUAAUGCUGGGCUGACUAGUAAAAUUUAUUUUGAGAUCGUUCUUGCUCUUGCAAAAUUUUUAAGCUCUGCAAAAAUUGUUCCCGUCUUUUUGGAUUAUAUUUUUAUUGAUGAUCAAGAGAUUGCACGUCCAUCACAAGCUUAGCUCCUGUGCGAACACCUGCUCACGUCGCCCAUAAUUUCAAUCAUUUGAUAACAAACAAUGACGUAUUAAAGUAAACAAUAAAGGUUUGGGUGGGGAAAAAGCAGUGGAAGUGGCAGUCACUGGCCCAUGUCUGGGCUUUUAAAUGUUUGUCUUUUUACAGACGUAGUUUGGUCGUCAGUGAUAUCGCCUGGAGGAUCUGUAUAAGAAUAAAGCAAUAUGGUGAUCGUUUGGGAGGCAGUUGGAGCGACGAUUUUGCCAAACAUCGGAGGCUGGCUGAGUACGCCCCUAACCAUUAAAUCCGUCAAAGGCUGGUACAAGACUCUGGCUAGACCUUCAUGGACUCCACCUGAUUACGUUUUUGGCCCAGUUUGGACCUGUCUUUACACUGGCAUGGGAUUCGCGUCAUACCUGGUCUGGAGGGAUGGCGGUGGAUUUUCAGGAGAAGCCAGGACUGCCUUGACGCUCUACGGUGCUCAGCUGGCUAUCAACUGGGCUUGGUCCCCCAUCUUCUUCGGCCUGCACAAAAUCGGAGCAGGGCUCAUAAUUGCGGUCUCACUGUGGGGGACAGCAGGGGCGGCGGCGCUGGCCAUGAGUAGAGUCAACCAGACAGCAGGGCUCUUGAUGGUUCCCUACAUGAUGUGGCUGACGUUGGCCAACACCAUCAGUUUCUAUCUUUGGCGAAACAACCCUCCCCGCAAAGACAAGAAGAAAGAAUAAGUCAUGUCACGUUAAAUUUUAAUGUAGUUAGCUAGAAAAUGGGACAAAUGGUGAUUUUUCUUAUUUAUAUUAAGAGGUUGAAGGUUGUUAGUUAGAUUUUCAGAAUAAAGAAUAUCUCUGCAAUAUCA